UAUCGUCUAUUUGAGAGAAGGAGAAAAGAAACAUGAAGAACCGGAGGAGUUAGUAACGGAGUCACACCUCCAAAUGCUCACUUCUGUUCUUGGAAGCAAGGAGGAAGCCAUAAUCUCCAUCGUCUACAGCUAUGGAUUCUCUGGUUUUGCAGCGAAGCUAUCCGAGUCCAAAGCUAAAAAAAUUGCAGAGUUGCCCGAGGUGGUAUGCAUCAGGCCAAGUCGGACGUUCAAGCAUCUGACGACACACAGUUGGGACUUCCUCGGCGUCGACAAUUCCGAACCUUCUGGCUUACUUCGUAGAGCAAACCACGGCGAGGAUAUCAUCAUUGGAGUCAUAGAUUCAGGUGUAUGGCCGGAGGCGAAGAGCUUCAGCGACGAGGGCUACGGCCCAGUACCGGCGCGGUGGAAAGGGAAGUGUGUGCCAGGCGAACACUUCGACGUCCACAACUGCAACCGCAAGCUCAUAGGCGCCCGCUACUACAAGGGUCCUGGAGUCACCACCGAGUUGCAGAAGGGCGACUACCUCUCUGCGCGCGACUCCGGAUACCACGGCACUCACGUCGCCUCCAUCGCGGCAGGCAACAAUGUGUCUAACGUCAACGUGUAUCAGAUGACGGGGUUGCCUGUCGGCGCGGCCCGGGGCGGUGCCCCCCGCGCGCGCAUCGCUGUGUACAAUGUUUGCUGGGCUGUCGAUGUGUGCAGCGAGUCUGACACGAUUAAGGCUGUCAAGGACGCGAUCCAGGACGGUGUUGACGUGAUCUCGAUAUCGCUUGGGUCACAAGGGUACCUCUUGGACACGUUGAAGGCGGUGAAGAAUGGGAUCCCAGUGAUCCUCGCAGGCGGCAACGACGGCCCGACGCCAAUGACGAUCACCAACGAGGCGCCAUGGGCGAUCACAGUGGCAGCAACGACCAUCGACCGCUCUUUUCCGACGGUCAUUGCCCUUGGAGAUGGCCAAAAACUAGUGGGCCAAUCUUUCUAUGGAAACAGGACGAAGAAUCUUGAAUUAGUAGCCCCAAAUUGCCCCAGGAGGCCACUAUGCAGCUGCUCCUACGAGACAUUAGAAGGUAUCAAUGCCAAGGGAAAGGUGGUAUUUUGUUACGAUCCCUAUAACUCUGACGGACUCUCUCCGACCAAGACGCUGCAUGUCGCUUUCUCCACCGUGAACGACAUGGGAGCCAAAGGGCUCAUCCUUGCACAGCACCCUUUCAAUCAGAUCGGAAGGCUCCGCCCAGAGUUUCCCUGUAUUCUUGUUGAUUUCGAGAUCGCACAACGCAUCUCAGAUUAUUACUUGCACAGCAUAAGACCGUCAGUAAAGAUAAAGGCGGCCAAGUAUGCAAUCGGCCAGGAGGUGGCACCUAGGGUCGCAGCAUUUUCUUCGAGGGGACCAAGUGCGAGACAGCCCGAGCUACUCAAGCCCGAUAUAGCUGCACCUGGACACGCCAUCAUCGGAGCGGUUAGGAACAAGUUUGUUUUCCUCUCGGGAACAUCUAUGGCGGCUCCUCAUGUCUCCGGAGUGGUUGCGCUGCUCAAGGUCAUCCACCCCGAUUGGUCUCCCGCUGCGAUUAAAUCGGCACUAGUCACCACAGCGUCGGUUACUGAUGCCUACGGAAUGCCGCUGGUGGCUGAGGGAACCCCCCGUAAAUUGGCAGAUCCUUUCGACUUCGGCGGAGGUCAAAUUAACCCAAACAAAGCUGUGGAUCCAGGCCUCGUCUAUGACAUGGAUCCCUACAACUACGGAAUACUCAAUUGCGACAAAGUCUUUGUAGAAUCCGAAGACACAGAAGACUGCCGGUUCAAGUUCAAUGAACCCAAGCACGAUCUUAAUCUCCCAUCCAUUGCCCUCCCUAACCUGAAGAAGAAGCUCACCGUGACGCGCACCAUCACCAAUGUGGCCGGCGAUGCCCGUGUAGUCUACAAGGCCGUUAUAGAUUCCCCGGCAGGCGUAAAGAUGGUGGUGCAGCCAUCGACUCUCGUGUUCAAUGCUAAUGCGAAGGUGAAGACCUUCAACGUGACCUUCACCCCGAUCCAUAGUAUUCAGGGAAUCUACCGCUUUGGGAGUUUGGCUUGGGACGACGGCGUGGCUCACUAUGUGAGAAUCCCCAUUGCUGUGCGUACGGUGAUUAAUUAUUCGUAUGCCGAUGCUUCUUAAGUGCUCUACUUCAUGAUUACUAUAUCAGUUCUUAGCUCAGUUUAUGACUUUGCUAGUGACGCUUCUUAAGUGCUCUUUGUGUUUCUGUUUGUUUCUGACUUUGUUAUUCACGCAUCUUAAGUGCUGACUUUGUCAUUCACGCUUCUUA